AUGGUGGAAGAAGAGAAGAGGAGGUUGGCGAUCAUCAGAAGGAGUAAGUUCAUCCUCCAGUGCCCUAGAUUGUUAUCUAGGUUGAAUCCUCCCUUGUCUUCGUCUUCGUCUUCAUCAGUCAAGAUAAUGACGGUAACAAAGCGGGCCAAACAGGGUAGUAAUAGUAAUUGGCAGGCCGCGUGCAGAAGGCGCCACUUCCUGAAAGGUGCGGUGAAGAGCCUGCGUGGAGGUGAUGGGGUUGCUUGGACUCGGAAACACAAUCUUGGUAAAGGCAGUUUUGGUUUUGUUUCUUUUGCGACAUCCAGAGCCCCCAUCAUUGUGUGUCAUGAUGAUGAUGAUGAUGAUGAUGGUGGUGGUGGUGGUGGGUCUGACUCUGUUUUGACUAAUUUCGCGGUGAAGUCUGCUGAAGUCUCCAUGUCGUCUUCCCUUAGGAGAGAGACCAAGAUCUUGUGGGACCUGAAACUAAGUCCUCAUGUAGUUCAAUCUCAUGGAGACGAGAUGACCCAGUCAAGGUUUGAUAACAGAACCUACUACAAUAUCUUGAUGGAGUUUUGUGAAGGUGGUAGCUUGGCCAAAUGGAUUAAGAAGUUGGGUAAUCCUGGAUUGAGUGAAUACCAUGUUAGGUUAUUUGCUAGAGACAUGGUUUUGGGACUUGUCCAUGUUCAUAGCCGGGGUUAUGUGCACUGCGAUAUCAAGCCUUCCAACAUUCUGCUUGCAAGAGAUGGUGAUGGUUAUACUGCAAAGAUUGCAGAUUUUGGACUGGCAAAGAGGGUGGCUGCCCAUCCUAAUGGAGAAGAAGAUGAUGAUGAGUUGGGGGCCGUGAGAGGAACUUACCGGUACAUGGCACCAGAAACUGUGAGCCAUAGGGUACAGGAUCAGUAUGCUGAUAUUUGGGCACUUGGGUGCACUGUUCUUGAGAUGAUGACUGGGAAGCCGAUGUGGGAUUCGCAGGCGGACUUGAGUCAUGAUUCGCAAAUUAAAGAUAUUCUCCAGCGGAUUGGAAACAGCCCUGAAUGGCCCGAAUUGCCAAGUGACAUAUCAAGGGAUGGGAAAGAUUUCUUGGAGAGGUGUUUGGUGAGGAGUCUUAGGAGUAGAUGGUCUGCUGAGAUGCUAAUUCAUCAUCCUUUUUUAUCAUUGGAUCUCACUGCAACAAGUUGA